GGGCGCAUUACCUGACACAGCCGCAGUAAUGAGGCCUUUUCCAUGACAUCUUAUGUUCAAAACAUUCCUGUUUCAGGUAUGUACUUAUAUAUCCUCUUCUUUCAAGAUACGAGUCGCCACCAAAUCACCACUUCUUCGCCAGAAAUGACCGACUUGGCAUCUUAUCAUUCAUGCCAACACUGUCAAAAGUUCGUAAUAGACCUCGAUAAUAAGAGGCCUCCUACCGGCAGGGAAAUUGGCGAAGAAGACUCUAUAUUUUUCUUCGGUGUGACCUUAGAGGACGUGCUUGAAGGAGUUUCCAAUCACUGUCAGCUAUGUUCAUGGCUUCAUAUAGCUUGGGAAGGACGCUAUGGCGACAAGUACAGAAUUCUUGCGAAAGCCUCGGCUAGCCGUAUAGCCGUCUGCGCCGACAGCUAUAGCAUGUCUCUACUUGACCGCUACCCAGUCGACGAGUUGCUCUUCAUAGGGUUAUGGGAAGAUGACUUACCAGCCGAUUCUAGACUUGGCAAAUGCCAAAUCGUAUACCCGGUUUCCUUAGAUGUCUUCACAACGAAAGAUGAUCCGGCAAGUCAGUUCAUUUGGACUCGUCCUAUCAAUUGCCAACCAGGCUCCCCGGAGAAUCUGGCACUAGCACGACGCUGGCUAGAGGAGUGCCUGCGCUCGCAUCCCAAUUGUCAGACGGAGCAAAGUUCUAUGCCAUCGCGCAUUCUUCGUGUAGAUGAGAUUGAGACUUCAGGCGAGUUCGAUGUAUUUCUUGAAAACACCCAUGGCAAGGUGGAGCCAUUUGCAGCGCUCAGCUAUUGCUGGGGCGGCGAUCAGGCUUGCAAGACCACCAAGGCGCGGAUGGAAUCGGGUGAAUUGCGUCUUCCGUACGAAAAACUCGCCAGGUCCGUGCAGGACGCUGUUAAAGUAGUACCGAGACUCGGUCUUAAGUAUCUCUGGGUCGAUGCUCUGUGUAUCAUCCAAGAUGAUGAGAAUGACAAGAUUGAACAGAUCGCAGACAUGCCUCGGAUCUACAACCAAGCUUGUGUCACCAUUGUUGCUGCGAAGUCUGAUCGCGCGUCCAGCGGGUUUUUGAACGAUAUCGAUUUAAUAAAAAAUACACGGCUUGCUGUGAAGCUUCCGUUUCGCUGCCCAGACCAACACGGCACUCUAGGGUCAGCGUAUAUCACCUAUAUCGAGGGUAGACACGAACCCGCGCCCAUUCAUGACCGCGCGUGGACACUACAGGAGCGUUAUUUAUCCAACAGAUUCCUAGAAUUCGACAAAACCCAAAUGCGCUGGACCUGCGCAAGCUCUGGUAAUAAAGAUAGUUAUUGCGAUGGUUGGAAACGGGAAGGGUCGGUUGAAGCCCCCACUCAAGUUAUCUAUAUCUAUCGCGAGCUGCAACAAGAUUUAGAAGAAAUGGCCUCAAGGGGGUCGAGCGCAGAGUGGAUCGCAGACUGGAUAGGAAGCAGAUGGGAAACCAUCGUCCAUCAUUAUACUCCGCGCAAGCUUUCGGUCCUCACGGAUCGCCCACUCGCAGUUUCGGGGAUCGCCCAGGUAUUUGCAUCUCAUUUCAGGGAUGAUUAUCUGGCAGGGUUGUGGAAAUCAACCCUACCAAGUUUUCUGUGUUGGAGUGUGGAUCGGAAUGAGCAUGAGCGCCUUCCACGUCCGGUUCAUUAUCAAGGUCCUUCGUGGUCUUGGACUGGUGUAAAUGGGCCUGUAAGAUUCAUACUCGCCCGAGCCUGCGAACAAGAUUGUCGCGCUGUCCUUCUCGACGUCGAUAUCAAGCUAGUUAACGCAUACGCGAAAUAUGGCUCUAUCUUGCAAGGAAUAUUAAGACUGAGAGGUCGGUUGAUAGAAGCUACGUGGUAUCGGAAUACGGCAGAGGAUUCAUUGAGUAUACCGACAGGUGCAGAUUUUCAUGAUGAUAACCUCAACGAGGAGGCCACGGUGCAGUCCGUUACUAUGUAUCCUGACGCAGAUGACUUCGAGGAGGGCACGAAAACAUUAAUCCCGAUCAAGGUCUCGUUGUUUCAAAUUGGUAAUGCCGUCGGUAGGAAAAAGCGUGGGCCUAUCGGGCUUGUCCUCCACGCAAUAGCAAAAGAUACUACAACUCAUUCUCCUACACGAUUCAAACGUCUAGGUCUAUUUUACAUUAACACAGGAUCAAAAGGGCGAAUAGUAGAAGAUACAAGAGGUCAUUCAGCGAAGAACUAUACGGAUUUGUUUGAAAACGUUACACAAGAAGUUAUUGAAAUAGAAUAGGGGUAAUGAUACACUAAAAUGAACUACCCCUAUCUUUCUAAUGGUUAAACGAUUCGAGCUUCAACUUCAUAUAAACUAAACAUUAAUCGAUACUAUGUCAUAUUUAUAUCAACG